AUGGGGGCCACCGAUGAUGUUGAGGCCUACUUGUAUGCCUUCGAAGCAACAGCCACUAGGGAAGGAUGGCCGAAAGCCCAAUGGGUUGGACUGCUAGCCCCAUUUUUAACGGGGGAAGCAUUGAAUUCCGUGCGAGACCUACCCCCUGACAAAAUUACGGACUAUGAUGCUCUGAAGUUGGAGAUAUUCAGCAGGCAUGGGCUUACCAAGUUUGGCAUGGCCCAGCGCUUCCAUGGCUGGACCUUCCAAGUGGACCAAGCUCCCCGUGCACAGAUGCACGAACUUUCCAGAAUUGCAAGAAAAUGGCUGGAACCGGAGAAAAACACAGCUGCUGCAGUGGUGGAGACCAUUGUGGUAGAUCACUUCCUCCGAGCCCUGCCAUAUGAGGCUAAACGGUUCAUUAGCCAACAGGCCUUAACCACAGCUGCAGUUACCAUUGAAGCUGUGGAGAAAUACCAGGCCACAACAGAAAUGCUCCGUGCGACCAAGAGAGACCCCAGGACGACAACCCCGCAGCAGACAGUGGGGGUGCGUCCAAAAACCACGAAGGUUACCAGUCCAUCUGCAGCAGCACCUAGCUAUGCUCCAUUGGGGGCCAGAAGACAGUCAGGUCUGGUUAGAAUGUCUCGGGAUAGUGAAACCAGAGAAUGCUACCGCUGUGGGGAGAUAGGACACAUGUUGUGGCAGUGCCAAAAAAUCCUAGACGAGCCCAUGCCCACUGCUGGCUCCUCCAGCUCCCCCUCCACCCAGCUAUUCGCAUCACUCGUUGGGGUCGCAGAUGGGCCCCCAGAUCGACCCCCCACCUGCCCUGUAACGGUCAAUUGCCAUGACGUAGAGGCGUUGUUGGACUCCGGAAGUCGGGUAACCUUGGUGCAUAAGGACCUAGUGGAUCCCUCGUGUCUCUCCACUGACAAAGUCCUUCCGAUCUCAUGCGUCCAUGGAGACACCAAGGAUUAUCCCACCACUGAACUCAAGGUGACAACCACCAGGGGGAUAAUACACACUAGGGCAGGGGUGGUUGAGUCUCUCCCUGUUCCUGUUCUGAUUGGGCGAGACUGCCCCUCCUUCGACCUGCUGUUUAGGGAGACACAGCAGAGGCCAGCUAGAGUACCCCGCAGUCGGAGAGGAAUGACAGGCCCCCAGGCCGACACAGACAGUGGCCCGGACACGGAAGAAGAGAAUGCAGCUCCGGAAAGUUCUCCAAACUCCGAGGAAGACGCCCCGGCCAUUGAGGAGCUCCCCAAUCUCACAGGCCAGUAUGGUACUGCUCAAUUGCAAGAGCCCACAUUUGCAAAUGCCCUAAGAAAUGUGCAGGUGCUAGAGGGUGUAGUGUUAGGGGAUAGAGCAAGUCCCACAUACCCCCAUUUUGCAGUUAUACGGGGUCUAUUGUAUCAGGUCGUGAAAGAGAAUGACAGAGUGUACGAACAACUCCUUGUGCCACAGCCCCACCGAAAAACUGUGCUCAAUCUUGCACACACGCAUCCACUAGGGGCCCACCUGGGUGUAGAGAAGACCACAGAAAGGAUCUUGCAGCGGUUUUUCUGGCCUGGAGUGCACAAGCAGAUAGAGAAUUAUUGCCGUAGUUGCCCAGAAUGCCAGAAGAGGGCACCCAAGCCCUCUUACCGUAACCCGCUCAUCCCCUUGCCGAUCAUUGAAACCCCCUUUGAGAGAAUCGGGCUAGAUAUAGUUGGCCCUUUGCCAAAAAGCUCCAGGGGCCAUCAGUACAUUCUAGUAAUCCUUGACUAUGCUACCCGGUACCCUGAGGCCAUUCCCCUACGGAAAGCCACCUCCAGGCAGAUUGCCAAGGAGCUGUUCCUCCUUUCCACCAGUCUGGGUAUCCCAAAGGAAAUAUUGACUGACCAAGGUACCCCAUUCAUGUCUAAGGUAAUGAAGGAGCUGUGUGCCCUUUUGAGGAUCAAGCAGCUGAGAACCUCUGUCUACCAUCCCCAGACAGACGGGUUGGUUGAACGUUUUAACAAGACUCUGAAGUCAAUGCUGAGGAAAGCAAUUGAAGAGGACGGGCGGAACUGGGACCAGCUGCUGCCAUACCUGCUGUUCGCCGUGAGAGAGGUACCCCAAUCUUCUACUGGCUUCUCGCCUUUUGAACUUUUGUUGUCUUACAGACCCAGAGGACUACUGGACAUUGCGAAGGAGGCUUGGGAAGAGCAACCCUGCAGGCAGAGGACCCUAAUCGAACAUAUCGGCGCCAUGAAGGACAGAAUGAGGGCCAUUUACCCGAUAGUUCGGGAACACAUGGAAACUGCUCAACGGCAACAGCAGGCCUCCUACAAUCGACCUACCCAACCAAGAGAGUUCAAGCCAGGGGACAGAGUGCUCGUCCUAGUCCCGACUGUCGAGUGUAAGUUCCUGGCAAGCUGGCAAGGACCGUAUGAGGUCAUCGAGCGAGUAGGAGAGGUAAAUUAUAAGGUGAGACAGCCUGAUAAAAGAAAAACAGAGCAAAUUUAUCACGUUAACCUCUUGAAACAAUGGCACGCCAGGGAGGCGUUAUUCUGUUGUCUGCCCCAAACAGAGUCCAAAGCACCCGCCAGAGAAGAGGUUCAAGUGGGACCAGGUCUGUCCCCACAUCAGCGGCAGAGAACACUAGAGCUAGUGGACCGCAACAGAGAUGUCUUCUCCUCACUCCCGGGACACACAGAGGUGGUCCAACACGAGAUCCGGACCGUGCCUGGCCGCACAGUGACUCAGCGUCCAUACCGGGUGCCGGAAGCACGCAGGGUGGCCAUCGAGCAGGAGGUGGAAAAGAUGCUAGAGCUGGGAGUCAUUGAAAACUCCAAAAGUGCCUGGGCAAGCCCCAUCGUCCUGGUCCCCAAACCAGACGGGUCAGUACGAUUCUGCAACGAUUAUCGCAAGUUGAAUGAGGUUUCAGAAUUUGAUUCAUAUCCCAUGCCCCGUGUUGAUGACCUGGUAGACUCACUAGGACAUGCUCGCUUCCUCACCACUCUGGACCUCACAAAAGGUUACUGGCAGGUGCCCCUGUCCCCCGCAUCGAAGGAGAAGACCGCGUUUGCCACACCAGAAGGGCUCUACCAAUACACACGGCUCCCGUUUGGUCUGCACGGGGCACCGGCCACGUUCCAGCGCUUGAUGGACCGGGUCCUUGCUCCCCACAAAAGGUAUGCGGCUGCAUUUUUAGAUGACGUUGUGAUUCAAAGCCCAGACUGGGAAAGUCAUUUACCCCGUGUACAAGCUGUGCUUGAUUCCCUUAGAGAUGCAGGUCUCACAGCAAAUCCAAAAAAAUGCAGGCUGGCCUUCAGCGAAACGAAUUACCUGGGCUACACUGUUGGCCGAGGACUGGUCAAGCCACAGCAAGCGAAGCUGCAGGCCAUACGGGAUUGGCCACGGCCUCUCACAAAGAAGCAGGUGAGGUCUUUUCUGGGACUAGCCGGCUAUUACCGCCGUUUCAUUGCAAAUUUUGCCUCCAUUGCUGCACCUCUGACAGAUCUAACAACCAAGCGACACUCCAGAAUGGUGAAAUGGAACCCCGCUGCAGAGACCGCCUUCAUCAACCUGAAGCAGGCCCUCUGUUCCAGUCCAGUUCUGGUGGCACCAGAUUUCCAGAGGGAGUUCGUUGUUCAGACUGAUGCUUCGGAGGUGGGUCUGGGAGCUGUACUCGCCCAAGUACAUGAAGGUGAGGAACAUCCUGUCCUAUAUCUGAGCAGAAAACUGCUUCCAAGAGAGAAGAACUAUUCCACGGUUGAGAAGGAGUGUCUCGCCAUCACCUGGGCCCUGGAGCAGAGACGGGCUGGCAGAAGCCAUGGCAACGCGGAUGCCCUGUCCCGGAGAGAUGCCCUCUUCGUGACCUCCAGCCCGACGGGGACGUCGAGUCCGAGGGGGAGGAUCUGUGACGUCCCGAGAGGCUGCAUCCUUGAAGGGCGCUAUGUUCCACAGAAGUGGCUCCAGCUAUGA